CAGGUAGCUGUGAUUGGUCACUGAUUGAAAACAAUCCACAUGAACCAAUGGAAGAUUCACCUGUGGCACUCCACAGGAGCAGAUAGUUAUUGUUUACAUUUCUUUCCUGAGGCCCUCAGCUCCUCAGGACAGGAAAAAUCCUAGCAGAGGCUUUUUCACUAAAAAUCCUGGCAACACCAUAUUUUGCCCAUCUAUGGUGAUCCAGCAGAAUGUCAAACCCAAGAGCAAUGCCCCAAGAGCAGAGGUGGUGCUGGGGAAAGGGAGGCAGGGCUUCAAAGUGUCUCAGGAUGGGUCCCCAGCUGGACUUGGCUGUUAUUUCAGCCAGAGCUUGGCCAGUUCUGUGUGAUUCCAGCAACUGAAAGCUUAAGGACAAUGACUCAUCUUUGGGAUUAUGUUUUGCAAUUCCUCCUUCAUCACAGGGACCAUGCUUAGAAGGCCAAGACCCAGCACCAGAAGCCAAGAGAAGAGCCCGGAGUAUGCAGCUCUGACUGGCUAUCCUCUUGCCAAGAGGUUUUCCCUGGCAAGUCCCUCGAUGCUCCUUCCCUCCAAGCCGUUGCCUCCCAUCCAGAGGAGCUCUCCUUCUGCCACGCCAAGCAAGAUGUGCAGCGGAGAGCAGGAGACUGGGAAUGCUGGCAACGGCUGGGAUGAGGAGAGUAGAAAAAGCCAGGAGCUCAGAGCAGAGGGAAAAGGAAGAGAGACCUCCUUGCUGUGCUCCACUGGCGGGGAAAUGAAGAAGAGACAAUUGGGAAAAUCUUUAAUCCCCCGUCUACGCAAGGCAGGAAUUCCCCCUGUGGGCAGUGCUGCUGGGUCUGUGCACAGCUCUCCAAAGAUGGAAUUGCAGGAGUCCCAGGAGAUGAGGCCAAGACCCAGCACCAGAAGCCAAGAGAAGAGCCCGGAGUAUGCAGCUCUGACUGGCUAUCCUCUUGCCAAGAGGUUUUCCCUGGCAAGUCCCUCGAUGCUCCUUCCCUCCAAGCCGUUGCCUCCCAUCCAGAGGAGCUCUCCUUCUGCCACGCCAAGCAAGAUGUGCAGCGGAGAGCAGGAGACUGGGAAUGCUGGCAACGGCUGGGAUGAGGAGAGUAGAAAAAGCCAGGAGCUCAGAGCAGAGGGAAAAGGAAGAGAGACCUCCUUGCUGUGCUCCACUGGCGGGGAAAUGAAGAAGAGACAAUUGGGAAAAUCUUUAAUCCCCCGUCUACGCAAGGCAGGAAUUCCCCCUGUGGGCAGUGCUGCUGGGUCUGUGCACAGCUCUCCAAAGAUGGAAUUGCAGGAGUCCCAGGAGAUGAGGCCAAGACCCAGCACCAGAAGCCAAGAGAAGAGCCCGGAGUAUGCAGGCCUCUCACUGAGUCAGGCCAAGGAGACAGAUCAUCCCAGCAGUCCUGGUCUUAGGAGUGACAAGGAGCGGAGGGACAUCUUUGGAAAGACCCGCGCUGAAUUGUGCAGGUUGGCUAAAGAGAACUUAGAGCAGAAGAAAAUGGAGAUUUUGAUGGAAGAGAUGAAGAGGAGACAAAAUGAGAAAUCAUUGCAGCUUCCUCCAGAGACAUUUGAGCCUGGAGAUGCAGCUGAAGCAAGCUCCUCUUUGGUGCCUGCAGGCUUCAGCCUACCACCUAUCAAUGGCACAGCUCCCAGUGUACAGAGAAAAGACCCUGGUAGCGCCAUGAAGAAAACGGUCGUGAGAAAGCAGGACACGGUGCCCUUACAGCCCAGUACGCCCACCCUCCAUGGAGAUGGCAGCUUCCCACGCAGCUCCUCGGGGAACGGAAGAAGAAGGGACUCUUGA